AGCCAGCGCAUGUGCAUAGCGACCAUCGCAGUGGAGUGCUGGCCGUUCGCAUUUGAGGUCCUUUCCCUAGGCUCCGCCCUAUCGCAGAUAUGCUGUGGCGGCUCGGCGGUCGGUGGUUAUGUUCGUUGCCUGCCCUGCAGCGACGGAUUUGGAGUCCGCUGCUUGCACCGGCUUCAGUUGGAGCCGAACGCCCUGCUUUCCCAGUGUGGGCGGUGGCUUCAGUCUCUGCUCUUGCCCCGGGCGGCGCGGGCGGCUGGUACGAGGCCCUGGCCGCUUCGGCGCCGGUACGGGCUGCAGAGGAGGUACUUCUCGGCGCGCAUACUUCCACAGGAUUGCCCUGGUGGGGCAGCAUUCUUCUCACCACCGUGGCUCUCCGCGGCGCCGUCACACUGCCCCUAGCCGCCUACCAGCACUACAUCCUGGCCAAGGUGGAAAAUUUGCAGCCAGAAAUAAAAAACAUUGCCAGGCAUCUUAAUCAAGAAGUUGCAGUUAGUGCAAAUCAGUUGGGAUGGUCCAAAAAAGUUGCCAGGCUGACUUAUCUCAGGAAUAUGCAAAGGCUUGUUUCAGAGCUGUAUGUUCGGGAUAACUGCCAUCCUUUCAAAGCCACUGUAUUGGUCUGGAUUCAGCUUCCUAUGUGGAUCUUCAUGUCUGUUGCUCUCCGCAAUUUUAGUAUGGGGACAACACAUUCUGAAGCAGGCUUUUCUGUUAAGGAGCAGUUAGCUACUGGUGGGGUUCUAUGGUUUCCUGACCUGACUGCACUGGAUUCCACUUGGAUUCUGCCUGUCUCUGUUGGUGUCACCAAUUUAUUAAUAGUGGAGAUUUUUGCUCUACAGAAACUUGGAAUGUCUCAUUUUCAGAAGUAUGUUACUUACUUUGUCCGUGCAGUGUCAGUGUUGAUGAUUCCAAUUGCUGCAACAGUACCUUCAUCAAUUGCUCUCUACUGGUUGUGCUCCAGCUUCAUGGGUCUCUCACAGAACUUGCUGCUGCGUUCUCCUGGAUUUCGCAAGUUUUGCCGAAUACCAUUGACCAAGUCAGAUUCAGAUACUCCUUAUAAAGACCUCUUUGCUGCUUUUUGUGCCAAGUUCAUUUUAAGAAAAUGAUCUCCUUUUCAAUAAUUUUGACCAAUCAGUGUCAUUAUCGCUUUAAUGUAUUUGGGAAGUUUAGAAAUUCAGGUAUUAUUUAAUCUGUCUUCAUUUAAAAUCAUGGACUCUCUGAAGUACUGUGGGUUAAGAUGUAAUCCAUUUGACAAUAAUUAAAAUAUUUUAAGCACUAGAAAUGUAUUAUGUUGAAUUGUAUACUAAUAGUAUAAAAUUGAAAAAUGUUUCUAACCCUGUGUACAAAAUGACAGCUUGCUUGGGGUGUUAGAACUUUGGAAAACAGGAGUAGAUACUGAAUAAUGUCAAAUUAUACUAUACAGUCCCACAUGUUAAAAGUUUUUUAAAAAUAAGAUGAUCCAAUGAAAGGAUUCUUAACAUUUAGGAAGGCUUUGAUUUUCUCUUCAGAAAAAUCCUUGGACUCAUAAUUCAGAGGCUUUCAUUGACACCCUCCCCUCCAAGGCCAUCAGGGAACUCCUGGUUAAGAAAUCUUUUUCUCAUUAAUCAUAUGUUGGCAGUAAAUUAAUGUGUGAUUUUUUUUAAAAUGGACUUUAAAUACAUGCAGUAGAGUAGUCCAUGCAUGCAAGAAAAUACCUAAUAUGGUAGGUAAUUUUGCUUCCUAACUCUGAGAGAAUACAAAAUUUACAUUUCUUUAUUUCUUUUUCUGUAAUUUAAAAUGUCUAGAAUACAGAUGACAUCAUUAGGUAUUGCUGGAAUACAGAGUGGAAAAUCUUAAGCAGUAGGCUUGUUUAGUCAAAGGAAGAAGACCAGAAGAACAACUUUUAAACUUUUGUUCCUUUGCAAGCAUUAAGGGUUCAAGCUCUGAUACAGGUUUAAUAUAGGAAAAGUUAAUAUGCUGGUUCGGAUAUAUUAUGUCCCCCAGAAAAGCCAUGUUCUUUAAUGCAAUCUUGUGGAGGCAGACUGAUUAGUUUGUUGAUUAGGGUGGAACCUCUGAUUGAAUGUUUCCAUGGAGAUGUGACCCACUCAACUGUAGGUGAAGACUGAUGAAAUUAUUUCCUUGCAAGUAUGGCCAUGCCCAUUCAGGUUAGGUCUUGAUUAGUUCACUGGAAUAUUUAAGAGAGAAGCUAAGGGGGCAAGAUGGCAGCCAAGUAUUGGCUGCUGCCCUGGGCUUGGCAGAACUCGGGAUCUGGCUAAGGCGACGGGAGUGGUCUGGCCCCAAGCGGGUAGAGGUCUACAGCUGGCAGAGAAGGCAAGCCUCUCUGAAGUAAGAAGCUGCCCUCAGCUGUGAGUCCUGUGCCAGAUCACUAAUGAUUCCCUGGCAUUUCUGCAACAUAGGCAGUUCCUCAGGGUUUGUGCAAGGAUGGCAAAAAUGUUCACUGUAUCUCAGACCUCGAGAGCACUGUUCACUGAUAGAGCCUGCCAGGCCAGAGAAGAAAGGCUCUUGCAGAAAGAAUGGGAACAGGCUGCUGUCGAGAUUCAGGCCCAUGUCUGGAGUUUUCUCUGUCAGCAUCGAUUGCAGAGAGAAAUCAGGAGAGAGACUGAUGAGUUCUUUAAAGCAGAUGACAGUGGGUCCAGUAAAAGAAGCACACUUUGUAUCUUUAAGAUUGCCAGGAAACUGCUGUUCUUACUCAGAAUUAAAGAGGAUGAUGAGAAUAAAAGUGAUGAUACCACAGUCUUUGGUUGAUGUCUGUGAGGCAAAAAUCAAUAUCCAUCACACUUACAAAAUGGCAAAUUGGAGAACACAACCCCUUUUAAGAGACAGCUGCUAACCUGCAGGAAUAAAAGUCCAGUUUGCCAGAUUGCUUUUAUUUUUCAAAAGGAACCCCAAUCUGGAUUUUUAUGUGAAAUAUACCAAUUUCUAAAAUACAGUGCAAGUCAAGCAAAAUAGGGCUCAUCCAGCCUGUUGGUUACCAGUUUGAGAAUCCUUCUUUAGCCUUUCUGAUCCUUCCACAUCUGUAAGAAGAAAUUAAAUGUAAUCACGUACGUGACUGACCUGGCAGAAUGCCUGGCACAGGCCAGGUGCCCACAGAGCAUUUGCUCCCUUCUCUUGUCACUUCUUGAUUAGUUCCAGGAAUUUAUAACCCCCAUCCUGCCCCUUUGCAGAGAUUCGAGAAACUAUGCUGCUCUAUCCUGAGCAGCAUGGAGGCUGAGAAUGAACCCAAGGUGUGGUAUUUGUCCCUGGCUCUCUCUAAGGAUCUCACCGUUCUAUGUAUUAAAUAAAUCAAGGACAUUCUGUGGUAUUGCUGUGAGUUUCUUGAGCAACUCAAGGUAAAAAAAAAAAGCAGUGAAAAUAUAUUGUUCCUGUUUGGGGUCUUCUGUAUAUUUCUUCCGAGUCCCCACGAUCCCCUCAUAGGUUAUGCAUUUGGAGAUCUAUGAGUCAGAGUUGAGUGUAGAAUUAGAAGUUGAGCCCCUACCUUGUGAACAGGUGAGUUAAAUACUGUUAUCAGUAUGAGCACUUCUUUAAUAUACAACAUAUUGAUCAUUGACCUCCACUUGUCCCCGUUUUGAUAUCAGGGCAAUCUGUUGUCUUCCUUUCUGUUCUUUUGAUGUAAUGGAUUCUUUAUAAUCUUAUUAUUAUACUGAUUAGGCCUCUUGUUCCGAGUACAUAAACCUCACAUGAAACAGCUAGUGAUAAAUACAAGCUAAGCAAGAAAGAGAAUAUUUUGGUUCUAUAAAACAGCAGCUGGGGAUGAUUAGAGCCAGGGGCUGCUGGGAUUCUCCCUCUUUUCUCUUCUUUGCUCCCUUCUGGGAUCACCUUUAUCCUAUCCUGCCAUAAUCGAAGUCGGUAGUUCUGACCUCACAUUCUUACUCUGUCUUGACCAAAGAGAAAAGGGAGACUUCCCCUACCAGUCCAGUUGAAAAUCCAGUAGGAUUCUUAAAUGCCCCAUUGAAUCCUGGCUCAACCCUGAACUGGGGACAGUGAAGAGAGAUGGAUUACUGUUGACUGGCCCAGCCUAGUCACCUGCCUACCUUGUGCCACGAAAAGAUUGGUAGGGGUGUGAACAGACACAAACAGCUGCCACUUCCACUUUGCACGUAGGGAGGGAGAGGUUUCAGGAGCAGAGGCUUGGCCAGGACCCAGGUAGCAGCUAAGGGGUGAAGUGAAUGACUCCAUAGGCACCAGCAAUCUGUUCCUAGCCAUCUCUCAGGCACUCAUGAAAGGCUUUCUUGGCUGUGACACAUUCAAGGGCUCUUCAGAUGAGGUAUCACAACCCAGAGCAGAGGUCUUCACACACUGUGCCUUGGAGCCCUGGGGUUCCGUCACAAUGCCUCAGGGCCAAGUGGGUGGGUUCUUCCCCUAUAUUCACUUCCGCCAGGUAUGUCCUCUUAUCUGCUUACUGUAUUUGCAUUCCACAACGGAUUUUUCUUUAAAGAGGCUCUCCUACUUUGAAAAAAGAUAAAAGGUGAUGCAAAGACACACGUUUUAGGAGAAAACACUGGAUCUAGAGCCAGGGAUACCUGAAAUUUAUCUGCUGCAGAUUUCCCAUGUUGCCUUGAACAAGUUACUUUCCCUCUUGUUUUCUAUGAUCUAGAUGGCCUCCAGAGUCCCCUCCAGGUGUAUACACUGUAGGGUCUCUGAGCCUGUUUUUUAAUCCUUUUGCCUGACCUGCUCUUGAGACACCAUAUGAACUACAAUCAUGAUUAUAAUAAUAACCAACAUUUACAUAGAGUUUUCUAUGUGCCAGGCCCUAUUCUUAGUGCUUCAUGCACAUUAAUCCAAUUAUUCCUCACAACAACCGCAUGAGGAAGCACUGCUACUAUCCCUUAUUGACAGAUGCAGACACUGAGGCAUAGAGAGGUUAAGAAACUUGUCCAGAAUGGCUAUAGGGAAAUCCCUGAAGCUGUGGAACUGCAAACCAGGAGGCUUGAUUCUUGAA